AUGCUCAUUAGAAAUGUUGUGAAGAGAAUUGUUUAAAAUAUAUUUCAUAAUAGAAAAUCAUUCCUACCUAUAAAAUAAUAGGUUUAUUAUGCAAAUUUAGCUAUUAUACCAUAAUAUGGUUUUUUCUUUAAUGGCAAACAUGAUAAGUAAAUUUUGAUAUUAUAUUAUAAGAGAGGAAAAAUAAACUCAAAUUGAUAAUUUGUUUAAUGAAAUGGAAGGUUGUGAAAAUGAACAUUAAUAAAUGGAUAUGCUAAGAAAAAUAAUUGGAAUCAGAGAAGAAAUGGAUAAGUCAGAAAAUAAGAAAUGUGUUUCAUUGUUAUUAGACAAAAUAGAAUAUGCAAGAUAUUUGAUUGAAAAUCAAUAAUUAGAGGAUAAAUUAGUGUAAGAAGUACUUGUUGAUGAUUUUUUGAAUAAUGUUCAUUACAACAAUAUUGAUUUGUCUAAAUAUCCAACAAAUUUUUACUAAUUUUUAUGGCACAAUUUAGUAAUUGGAAUUAUUCCACUUAAAUAUGCUUAGUAAAGAGAUGAUGUAGAAUUUAAAGAAAUUGAAUUAUGGUUAAAGUAUUAUAAUUGAAUAUUUUGCAAGAUAGUAUAAGGAAUCUGUAGUGUUUAUUAAUAAUUAUUUAUAAGAUAAUUUUGAUGAGAUUGGAGAAAAUGAAGGAUUCUUAACAAAGGAAUAAGGAUUAUCAUAAUGCUUAUAUAAUAUGGCAUUCUAUUAUGAAAUGAAAGCAAAAUUAUUGAUAGAAUAAGAUUAAAUAUAAUAAGGAAUUUAAAAAUUUGAGAUUGCUUUACAGAAAACAGAGAAAUUUAUGGAAAUAGUUAAAUCAUGUAAAAUUUAAAUAAUUAAAGUAGUAUGUAAUCAUGAUAAUCCUGAAGUAGCUAAUGAAGCAGAAAAGAGAAAGGAAAAAGGAAUUGCUCAAUUUGCAUAAAUAUUUGAAGAAUUAGGAAUGGUUUAAAUAUAAAUUUAAGAAUAUAUUGCUGCAAGACCUUAUUUUGAAAAAGCUGUUGAACUUUAUUUAUAAGUUUUUGGAAAGCAUUCUAUUCAAUAUACAUAAAGUUACAUUUAACUAGCUUCAACAUACCAAUAAACAGAUUUAUAAAAAUGUGAAGAUAUGUUAAGAGACUUUCAUGAAUAUUUAGACAGUUUUCAUUAAGACACAAUAUAUCUAGAAGUUGCUAUGAAUUAUUUUUGCAUAUUAGAAUCUUAAGAGAGAGGAAAGGAAGAAUUAUUUAUUAAAAUUUAAGAAAUGAGAGAGAAAUUUGAUAUAUAAAAUGAUUUUGUGAUUGUUGAAUAUGAUAUUUAAGCUAUUAAAUUUGUCAUCAGAAAUGGUUAAUUUUAGUAGUGUUUAUUUGAUCUUUAUCAAGAAUCUAUUUAAUUAUUGAAUUCAUUUGAUAAUCCAAAUAUAAAGGCUGAGAGAUUAUUAUAUUUAAAUGAAUUAGCUGAGAGAUUUGUGGAGCCAAACAAUGUUUUGCAUGAAUCAAUUUUGGAAUAAUUAUUAGAUGGAUAUAAUGAUAUUGGCUAUAUGGUUGAGACUGAAAUAUUGUAGUUUAAUAUAGAUAGAUAGAAAGCAUUUCUAUAAUUUAGAUUGAGAGAUACACUUUUUAACACUCCAGAAGAAAGUUUAGAGAGUUUCUUUGAAUUCGUAUGAAUUAUACCUAUUUUGUAGUUUACACAUUGGAUUGAGAAGUAAGAGUUUCUUGAAAUGCUAUUUGAUCAUACAGAUGAAAUUAUAUAAUAAUUACUAGAUCAAAAAAUGCUUACAGUUGCUCAUAAAUUAAUUAAAAAUAUUAUAGAUAUAUUGCAAGAAAUCUAAGAGAUUCAUUAAAAUAUAUAUAUUGAUGAAGCUCUGAAUCAUUAUAAAGAAGAAGCAAAAACUAUAUAGAAUUAGAUUACUGGAAAGUGA